AUGGAGUUGUCUCUUUGCCUCAAAGACCUGAUGGCAAAGAAAUACAUCACCUUAGAUGUGUUGAAUGAUGCUAUCAGAUCAUUUCCUUAUACAUUUGCUGACAAAACCGAUCAGCCUCAGCUGAUUUCAAAGGCCUUCUCAACCAAGGGCACAAUUGGGGGGAAUGGCCAUGAAAAUUGGUGUCUAAUAAGGCUUCUUCCUCUGCUUAUUGGCCAUAACAUUCCUGAGGGUGACAACACAUGGGAAAUACUCAUGCUCCUCAAGGACAUUGUUGCAUUAGUUGUGGCACCUCAGUUUAAUGAAGAGUCUUUAUACAUCCUUGACUACAAAGUAGCAGAGCAUAGGGACCUUCUGCAGUCAACCUUCCCUGACUUUACACUACGACCAAAACACCACUACAUUGAACACUAUGCUGAACUGAUUAGGAUGGCUUCUAAAGAAACCAUGACUUUGCGAGUUAUUCUUACAGAAGCUGAUAUCAGAAAAAAACUUGCAGAGACCAUAUAUUCCUGCAAAGCAUACCCAACUACUGAGGAUCUACGAGCUGUUGCAAAGGCACUGGUCAAUACUCACCCCUGCCUUCAAGAACCAGGAUCGCCUUCUGGAUACUGUGGAUGGACAAACAGUUUGAAAGACAAAAUGGGAAAUUACCGAUCCAAAAUGAGGAGCCUUGGACAAACAGACAUCAUGGUUAAUGCUGGGAAAAUAGGAAGAUACUCUACGAGCAGUGAUCCACCUAACAAGAACAUUAAGAAGCCAAGGAAAGGGGAGGUCAACUACUUACCUGACCUCCCAGAUGGGCAGGAUGCUUCCAGUCUUGAAAUGCUCAGACAGCAGUUGGUGGAUGAAAUGAAGAGAAAAAACCCUGAUGCAGUCUUUAUUAAUCAGAAGAUGGACAUGACUCUGUCUUUGAGGAGAAAGGAUGUUGUGAUCAACAAGCCUCCUGUAAGCCAAAUACUUCAACGUUGGCCAGCACUUUUUAGAGAAAGUCAGGUGUAUCAAGAAUUCAGCCGGGUGGUUGGGAAGAACCUUAAGCAAGAAUUUUAUCGGUCUAUUGAUCGUCACUGUCCACAACUGAUUCAGAUCUUCAGGUCAAAGAGGGGUCUUGCCGGGCACAUUUUGAGCGAUCUUCUGCAACAAGCCAAGACCUCUGAUAUCGCUGACAUGCGAUGUGUUGCCAUGAGAGGGCUUCCAGUACUUCUUGGUGAUGACCAAACUGAGUUCUUCAAAGCAUGCUUUGCUUCUGAUGAUGGAGACUCGUACCAACAUGUGCCAGUUGGAAUCCUCAGCUUAGAAAAUGAAGAUGUGGCUCUGCAACCCCUGUCCCUCCGUCUCCACCCAUCCUCGGUGGGAAUCAUCUUGGAGGGGAAUGUUGUAAUGGACAAUUUAGACAACAUACCCCAGGCCAUGUGUCUUCUUUUUGGUUUAACUUAUGCACUCCACCUAGACUACCCAAAGUGCAUGGGCAACACCUUUCUUUUCAUUCAGCAAGUUUUGCUAGGUUUAGGCAAGAAGGAGUUGAAGGGCAAGAUUCUGGCUGUUACAAAUCAGCUAACCAUGUAAACAGGUACGGUAAAGUCAUGUUUCUUCUGGUUCUCUUUCAGAAUCGUUAGAUCAAAAAAGGUUCCCUUUCCUUUCGUUGAGCUAUGCCUUAGGGUUGGACAAAUGUUCAUGUUCCUUAUUAAUACAGUAUAACAACACUGUGCUUGUUAAAAAUUUUGAAAAGUUUUAAAAUACUGUUUUAAAGAUUUAAAAUUGGGUAAUUGGUACUUAAGGUAUUUCUAUUGUUUUUGUCAGUGUUUGAAACUGAUUUUGAUAAGUGAAUUCAAAUAAAUAGUAAGUUCAAA